AUGCAGUGCUUUGCCUUCCUGAUCGCUAGUGCUUGCAUAAAUGUCAUUCUUUCUGUGACAGCUCUAGAACCGUCGCUGGAACGUCAACCUGCGGCACGCGAUUUGCAGCAGCUUGUGAAUAAUCUUCGAACUGAUCCCAAUGGACUAUUCCACAUCGGCAAUGACGGGAUUUUGAGAUCUUAUGAUAAAGACAAUAAAGUUAUUGAUUAUGCGAGACUUGAUUCUGCUGAGCUAAAAUCACUUGCUAAACGUUACUCCAAGGAUGAGGAGAAUCUAAUUGCACUGUGGGAAAAUGCUGAUAGCUCCAUGAUUGACGAGGCAGAGAUCUGGUCUCCUGAGCCCUUGAAAAAUUUUCUGUCACUCGACAUGUUGACUGUAGCGCUCAAGAUCCAAAUUGUCACCAUUGUGUUCAUGAUGGAAUAA